GCUCAGCGGGAGCGCGCGGACAGAGCGCGACGGGACAUCACGGAAGAAGAUGCGUGUCGCCCCAGACAUGGAUCAUAAGGUGGUGUUCGCAGCCUUGGACAGGGUCUGCGAGGACAACGUCUCUGCUCUGUGUGGACCUUCCGACUCGCCGUACGGCUCGGUCACGCAGCGCCUGGUGACGUGCAUGAAGAAGAUCCAGGAGCACGGCCGGGCCCUGGAGCCCGUGGUGUCCAGCUUCACCGCCGUCUACCAUCACUACGACUUGGACGCACAGACGCCUGGAAACGGAUACCGAACGCUGGUCAAGGUGCUGCAGUCCUGCCUCCUGCACAUCAUCCAUAAGGGUCGCUACAUCGCCUCGAAUCACAGCGGCGCCUUCUUCCGGGCCGAGCACAACGCCUCGGAGAUGGAGGCGUACUGCAGCGCGCUCUGCCAGCUGCGGGCGCUCCUCUACCUCGCCCGGCGGCUCCUCCACGACAACGAGCACGGCCAGCUGUACGUCCUGCAGGACGCCGAGCUGAGCCGCAGGUUCGUGCAGGAGUACAGCUCCAUGCACAAGGCCUGUUUCUACGGCCGCUGUCUGGGCUUUCAGUUCUCCCCUGCCCUGCGACCGUUCCUCCAGACCGUGGUGAUCAGCAUGGUGUCGUACGGGGAGACGUACGGGAAACAGCAGUCUGGGAUCGGAACGGCCGCCCUUUCUCUCCUCACCUCCGGGAAGUACGUCAUCGAUCCGGAGCUGCGAGGAGCCGAGUUCGAGCGCAUCACUCAGAACCUGGACAUGCAGUUCUGGAAGUCCUUCUGGAACGUCACAGAGUCCAACAUUCUCUCAGGCUUCAGCCGGAUCGCCUCCAACCCGGUGCAGGUGAACUUCACGCUGACCGUGCCGCCGGUCGCUCUGCGCCUCCCGCUGGCCUCCGACCCCAGCCUGCUGACCACCGUGUCACCGCCCAUCGCCCACUGGGGCCCCGGGCCGGUCCACAUGAGACUGCUCUCCUACGAGCUUCGAGAGGGUCAGGACAGUGAAGAACUGCUGACGUUGUCUCGAAACGACCCGGGUCCAGGGUCCCGUCUGCCCUGGGUCCAGAAGCUGCCUCGCUCCCCCUGGCUGCUCAUCCACUUCCAUGGAGGGGGCUUUGUGGCCCAAACAUCUCGAUCCCACGAGAACUAUCUCCGUAACUGGUCGAAGGAGCUGGGUGUCCCGGUUCUGUCCGUGGACUACUCCCUGUCCCCUGAAGCUCCUUUUCCACGAGCUCUGGAGGAAUGUUUCUAUGCCUACUGCUGGGCCCUGAACAACUGUCACCUGCUGGGUUCUACAGCGGAGCGGGUUUGUCUGGCAGGGGACAGCGCCGGAGGGAACCUUUGCAUCACCGUCUCCAUGAGGGCCCUGACCUCCGGGAUCCGUGUCCCCGACGGCAUCGUGGCAGCGUACCCCGCCACCUUGCUCACCACCGACGCCUCGCCCUCCCGCCUGCUCACACUGAUCGACCCGCUUUUGCCUUUAGGCGUCCUCGCAAAGUGCCUGAAUGCCUACGCAGGUUUUGACUUCCAGACGGUGCAGCCUGCAGAACGUCGGGGCAGCCUGAGUGCUCUGGGUCGGGACACGGCCAUGCUGCUCAGUGACCUCACGCAGGGCGCCUCCAACUGGAUCCAGUCCUUUCUGGACCCGACUCGAGCUUCUGCUGGUUCUCAGUCACAGAGCGAGAAGGCGUUCCGGAGGAUUUCUGCUAAUGGUACCGUCCAACAGAACUCUGCAGAACUCAUCCAGUACCAGGACGGCUUUGAGCCGCUGCGCUCUGAGUGUCCGGCGUUGGUUCAGCCCACUUCCUGUCCCGUCUUCAGAAACCCGUUUGUGUCGCCGCUGCUCGCACCACCUGGCCUGCUGAGAGGCCUGCCGCCUGUGCACCUGGUGGCCUCGGCUCUCGACGCUCUGCUGGACGACUCCGUGACAUUUGCCAAAAAGCUGCGGGCGAUGGGCCAGCCGGUGAGCCUGACAGUGGUGGAUGAUCUUCCUCACGGCUUCCUAAGCCUGUCGCAGAUCUGCAAGGAGACGCAGCACGCCUCGGACGUCUGCGUGACUCGGAUCCGGGAGAUCUUCCAGCUUGAGGACGCUAAACUGCCCUCACCAGGAGAGGCUUAGCGCCGAACGUCAGCUGGUUCCUCCGUUUCGUUGAUAAAAAUCAGAAGGUGUGCUCAAAGCAAUGUUGGCUGAAGACAGAAACCGGGGGGAAUCAUGUAAACACACUUAAGUGCACUUUAAACCUUAACG